AUGAUCUUCUGUAUGCUGCUGCUGGCCUCCCUGCCUGAGCCCUCUGGCACCGAAGUCAACCCUGCCAUCUGUCGUUACCCCCUGGGGAUGCACGAGGGGACCAUCCGGGAUGAGGACAUCACUGCUUCCAGCCAGUGGUACGACUCCACAGGGCCCCAGUAUGCACGGUUACAGAGGGAAGAGGGGGAUGGAGCCUGGUGCCCAGCUGGUUUGCUGGAGCCUGAAGAUGUGCAGUUCCUGCAGAUUGACCUGCACAAACUGUUCUUCAUCACCCUGGUGGGCACCCAGGGCCGGCACGCUCGUGCCACGGGCAAAGAGUUUGCCCGCGCCUACCGCAUCGACUACAGCCGGAACGGGGAGCGCUGGAUCUCCUGGAGGGACCGCCAGGGCACGAGGGUGAUCGAAGGCAACACCGACACGUACGAUGUGGUGCUGAGGGACCUGCGGCCUCCCAUCAUCGCGCGCUUCGUGCGGCUGAUCCCGGUCACCAGGGCGGCCAUGACCGUCUGCAUGAGGGUGGAGCUCUACGGCUGCGUCUGGCACGAUGGUUUGGCAUCCUACAGCAUCCCUGAAGGAGGGACAAUAGCAGCUCCUGGCUUCCCCAUCGUUCAUCUGAAUGACUCGACCUACGAUGGCUACCAUGAACGCAGGCACCUGUAUGGAGGGCUGGGCCAGCUCACAGAUGGAGUGCUGGGGCUGGAUGACUUCACCCAGAGCCACCAGUACCGUGUGUGGCCAGGCUAUGAUUACGUUGGCUGGAGGAAUGAGAGCUUCAGCGCAGGCGCUGUGGAAAUGGAAUUCCAGUUUGACCGCCCACGGAACUUCACCUCCAUGAAGGUGCACUGUAACAACAUGUUUUCCAAGGGGGUGAAGAUUUUCCAGAGGGUGGAGUGUCUGUUCAAGCCCCGCCUGAUCGCAGACUGGGAGCCCGAGCCUGUGGGGGUGGCCACGGUCCUGGAUGACAAAAACCCCAGUGCCAGGUUUGUGACCGUGCCCCUGCAGCAGCGCGUGGGCAAGGCCAUCCUGUGCCGCUUCUACUUUGCUGACACCUGGAUGAUGAUGAGCGAGAUUUCCUUCCAGUCAGACAUGGAGACUGUCAAUCCCAGUUUUGUUACGGUAGCCACAAGCACCACGGAUCUCCUGGAAACGGAGCACAACGUUACUGAAGGCACCUGGGGAACCACAUCUUCUGUAACCAGCACUUGGAUAGGGGAGAAGGCAGAUGACUCCAACACCUCCAUCCUCGUGGGCUGCCUUGUGGCUAUUAUUCUGCUGCUCCUGAUGAUUAUAAUCAUCAUUCUUUGGAAACAAUAUGUUCAAAAAAGGUUGGAAAAGGCCCCACGUCGAAUCCUGGAGGAGGAUGCCACUGUUCGCCUGUCCUUCUACAGCUACACUAUUGCCAACAACCAGACCCAGAUCCACCAGUCAAAUCCCACCUAUGAACGUGCUUUCCCACUGGAUUUGGAAUAUCACCAGCCAGCUACACUGCUCCACAAGCUUCCAGAGCUCUCCCAAAGUGCAGAGGAUUCAGUGUGCAGUGGGGACUAUGCUGAGCCCGACCUGACCAAGUCCACCCCUCACCAAGGCUUCCAGAACAACGUCCCCCACUACGCCGAGACGGACAUCGUGCACCUGCAGGGGGUGACUGGCAACAACAUGUACGCAGUGCCAGCCCUCACCGUGGACUCCCUGACCAAGAAGGACAUCUCCGUGGGGGAGUUCCCCCGGCAGCAGCUGCGCCUCAAGGAGAAGCUGGGGGAAGGACAGUUUGGAGAGGUGCACCUCUGUGAAGCUGAUGGCCUGCUGGAAUUCCUGGGAGUCUCAUCCUCAGAAUUCACUCACCAGCCAGUUCUUGUGGCAGUGAAAAUGCUGAGAUCAGAUGUCAACAAAACAGCCAGGAAUGAUUUCCUGAAGGAGAUCAAGAUCAUGUCCCGGCUGAAGAACCCCAACAUCAUCCGGCUGCUGGGCGUGUGCGUGCGGGACGACCCCCUGUGCAUGAUAACAGAGUACAUGGAGAAUGGAGACCUCAACCAGUUCCUGUCCCACAGGGAGAUCUACAGCAAAUUUGCCAUUUCAAACAACAUCCCCUGUGUCACCCACUCCAACCUGCUGUACAUGGCCACCCAGAUCGCCUCAGGGAUGAAGUACUUGGCAUCUCUGAACUUUGUGCACAGGGAUCUGGCAACUCGCAACUGCCUGGUGGGGAACAACUACACCAUCAAGAUUGCAGACUUUGGCAUGAGCAGGAACCUUUACAGUGGGGAUUACUACAGGAUCCAGGGGAGAGCUGUGCUGCCCAUCCGUUGGAUGGCCUGGGAAAGCAUUCUGCUGGGCAAGUUCACCACAGCCAGCGACGUGUGGGCAUUUGGGGUGACCCUGUGGGAGAUGUUUGUGCUGUGCAAGGAGCAGCCCUACAGCCUGCUCACGGACGAGCAGGUCAUCGAGAACACGGGCGAGUUCUUCCGCAGCCAGGGCAGGCAGAUCUAUCUCUCCCAGACUCCUCUGUGUCCUAACCCUGUGUUUGACCUGAUGCUGAAAUGCUGGAGCAGGGAUAUCAAAGAUCGUCCCACUUUUGACAUGAUCCACCAGUUCCUGCUAGAACAAAUGGAAUCAAACAUUUGAGGCCAGGAAAUAGGCAAACUGUUGAGAACAGAGUGACUUUGGGGUCUCAUUACCUGUCCCUCACAGUCAGGCCACCUCGCUCCCCUCCCUGACUGGGCCCUAUUGCAGUUGGGAUGUCCAUGGCAGCUGCUCAUUCUCUUGGCCAUGGUCUGACACACAGGACCAGAGG